UGCCAAAGGAGACGGACGCGUUUGCGUGCACGACUCUCCUUUUUAUUUUGUUUUCCGUUUCCCUUUUCCCAUUUCUUUUGUAUAGACAUUGACAAACAGCAAAGCUAUACAAAAAAAUAAAGAUUCUUCUCCUAUACUUUUUAAUUGUCUCUAUAGUUUUAGCCAAUCGAAACGAAUUUCAAUGGCGUUUGUGGUUAUUGUUCGAUCCGGAUAACAACUGUGCGGUUAUAUAUUCUUCCAUCAAAAACUUGUUGUUGACACAUCAUCCAACGAAACAAAAUCAAUCGUCAUAUCCUCUGCUGCUACUGUGCCGGUUGGUUUCUCGGUAUUAUCCAUUUGUGCAGCUCCUAGUUUGCGCUCCUUCAAAUGAUUGGUGAUUGGUGCUUCUGUUGUGCUCCGUCGUGCCGCCAUUAAACAAUUUCUACACACGAGAAUAUAUAUCCUACAUAUACAAGAGCAAAAGAUAUAUACGAUCUUCAUCGUAUCCUCCCCACCACAAACGUGCCGGGUUUGUUGUGUGUUUGUUUGUGCUGAUGUGUGCCAGUGUCUAGUGUGUUUCAAUCAGGAGCUGCUGCCGAAAACGCCGUCGUCAGGAGCUCAGUGCGGGAUUAUAAUAAACAGAAACCCGACGCGCGCCCCUAUAUCGACGAGUUUCCGACAGGAGUUUUUUGAUCUGAUUUGUAUAUACAUAUACAAGAAUAAAGGAAGAAAUCCUCCCCGUCACUAAUAACACACACGAACAUUUCGGUUCGAAGAGAGAGUGGGGGAAGAGCGUUGGGAUAGAUUCCGGGAAUUGAUCCUGCCAUGACAGAGAAGCGCUGUUGGUUAGGAGAAACAGCAGCGGCAGCUGACAACGGACAGCAGCAGCAACUCACCCCGGACAAGAAGAGAAAGCAGGAGCCAACAAGAGGAUCGCCCUGCUGCCGGACCAAGGAGACAAUCACAGAAGGAGCAUCGGGACGAGAAGAACCAGCAGCAGUAGCACAGGAUGUUAUUCAGUCGGUAUUCAACGUGCGUACAAGGCCGUCGGCGGCGGCGGCUGCUGGAUCCUGCUGCCGGACUAGCAGCAGAUGAAUCGAUCGGUCAGGAGCCAGCACAGCACAAUAAGGAGCCGAGUGGUGCUGAGGCUGCUGGCAUCAACUGCUGGCCAGCCAGCAAAGAAAGAAGAAGGCCGCCGUCAGCGGAGAAUAACGAAAGCUUAUCAUUAGCCGGCCCUGCUGCUGCUGCUGUUGUAUUAGGACUACAACCUCAUUCUCCUAUUCCUAUUCCUCCUCCUUCUUCUUCUUCUUCUUCCAGCAGUGGCGGUUCGUCUUUCUUGUUCCGGUGGACGGGAUUUGCCCAACUGAUUCUGCCGCCACUGCUCAUCCUCCUCUCCAUCGGUUGUCCGGCUUCGGCCGAUCAGGACGCCAAGCGGCUUUACGAGGAUCUACUGACCGACUACAAUCGUCUCAUCCGGCCCGUCGGCAACAAUUCCGACCGGCUGACCGUCAAACUCGGACUCAAACUCUCUCAGCUCAUUGACGUCAAUUUAAAGAACCAGAUUAUGACCACCAACAUGUGGGUAGAACAGGAAUGGUUCGACUACAAGCUGAAAUGGGACCCGGAGGAUUACGGCGGUGUCAAGACACUUCACGUCCCGUCCGAGAACAUCUGGCUUCCGGACAUUGUCCUCUACAACAACGCCGACGGCAACUACGAGGUGACCAUCAUGACGAAGGCGAUCCUACGACACGACGGGACAGUCACGUGGAAGCCGCCGGCCAUCUACAAGUCCUUUUGCGAGAUCGACGUCGAGUAUUUCCCGUUCGACGAGCAGACCUGCUACAUGAAAUUCGGCUCCUGGACGUCCGACGGCAAUACGGUUGACUUGCAGCAUUUGCACCAGACGCCCGACUCGAAUUUGAUCCAGGUGGGCAUCGAUUUGCGCGAGUACUACUUGAGCGUCGAGUGGGACAUCAUGAAAGUGCCGGCCCAGCGCAACGAAAAGUACUACAGCUGCUGCGGCGACACGCCCUUCCCGGACAUCUUCUUCAACAUCACCCUGAGACGGAAAACGCUCUUCUACACCGUCAAUUUGAUCAUCCCCUGCGUCGGCAUUUCCUGCCUCUCCGUUCUCGUCUUCUACCUGCCGGCCGAUUCCGGCGAGAAGAUGUCGCUCUGCGUCUCCAUCCUCCUCUCGCUGACCGUCUUCUUCCUCCUGCUGGCCGAGAUUAUUCCGCCGACGUCGCUGACGGUGCCCCUCCUGGGCAAGUACCUCCUCUUCACCAUGAUCCUGGUGACGCUGUCCGUCCUGGUGACCAUCAUUGUGCUCAACGUCAACUUCCGAUCGCCGUCCACCCACCGGAUGGCCCCGUGGGUCAAGCGGGUCUUCAUCGGAUUCCUGCCCAAAUUGCUGUGCAUCACCCGGCCGCCCAGGAACCAGCAGCUCAGCGAGUGGGAGAUGAACGCCCUGCCCACUCGAGGCACGGAGAUCUCCAUCAUUCCCGUCGGCCAGCAGCAGCAUCACCUGCCGUCGGGCGGAUGCUCAGAGUCGUGGCCGCUCAAUUCUUCCUCUUCCGCCGGACCCAAUAACAGCACGGCCGCCAUCGACAUGGAGAUGCCAUACAGGCAGACGACGUCCGGUGGUGGUAGUGGCAAGGGGUCGCAGGCCGCUUGCGGAGGAGGCCCUUCCGCUUCACGAAACGGCCGGUCCAGUCAGUUGUCCGGGCCGCCACCGCCACUGGCGGCGGCCGUGGCGGCUGCCGAGAACAACGGCGGUGGCUGCCAGCAGCACGGCGGAUGCAGCCGCACCAACAGCGGAGUCAAGCAGCGGGCGGCCAUCCAUCAGCAGGCCCAGCUGCCCGUCGAGAUGGAACACUCGAUCGAAGACGUCCGUUUCAUCGCUCAACACAUGAGGAACAAGGACCGAUUCGACAGUGUGAUCGAAGACUGGAAGUUUGUGGCCAUGGUCUUGGAUCGCUUCUUCCUGUGGCUGUUCUUCGUGGCCUGCGUGGCCGGCAUGGCCAUCAUCAUCCUGCAAGCGCCAGCCCUCUACGACACCACCCAACCCAUCGACAUCAAAUACUCCAAAAUCGCCCAGAAGAAGCUCAAACUCAAGAACAUGGAUCACGAUUUUGCGUUCACCUAAUCGAUUUAACGACGACGACGACAGCGACACUUCAAAAAACAAAAACAUUUGAUAAGCUCAGUGGCUCCCUAAAGCUGGACAAAAUAAAAAGAAAAAAAAAAAAAGAAAUUAAAUUAAA